UGUCCAUAAGGGAAACGUGAAAAAAAGUUUGCAAAAAAGAUUGGGGAGGGGGGAAUCUUGUGAUACUUUUAGCUCUCAGCCAUAGUCUGGAUCUGUGUAAGUAGGUGUGCCCUCUACCAAACAAAAUGCCCAAAGGAGAUCAUUAUUUGGAUGGCAGCUUUGGUCGAGGGAAGAGAUUCACUUCGCUUUCAACAGAAGAGGCUGCAGGUAUUGGACUUCUUGUUGUGGUUCUUGCAGCUUUAUUGCUCAUUGGAUGUUGGUAUUAUAAAAAGCGCAGGGGUUAUAGAAACCUUUUGAGUAAGAACUUCAAAAUGACCACUAUGAAGACAUCAGAAGGUAAAAGUGCCUUACUGGGUUCCAAGCUGUCUCUGCAGGAAUACAACAGCAACUAUACCCAGGCGGUGCCUGAUGCUCCUCCGGCUUAUGACAAGAUCUCUACCAGCCCAUUGCCACCACCUUAUGCGCCAUGAAAGAAGAACAAACUAUUAAGUUCCCGUUUAAUUGCAUACAUUGCCAUUGAUUUCUAGCAGUACUUAAAUGCAUAUAAUUAUUCAUAGUUCCAGAAACAGUUGCUGCUUAAGAAAGCCCAGUUGUUCCCUAUUGUAUGUGGUCUUUAAGAUACUGAUGUCACACCUGUGGCAUCUUUGCUCUAUUUGUAUGGAAUUAUUUAACCUAAUAUUAAUGGAAAUUAUAUACAAAGAAAACUACCAAGCAUAAUAAAUAUUGGAGAACAAGAA